UUUGUGUUUCUCGAUUAAAUAAUUCUUAUUCAUUUACUUGUACGCAACGCAUAAAAACUUGUACGUUACCCUGGAUUAGAAAGCUCACAAAUAUUGGGCUACACAACAACAUCCGGCAACUCCAAACAAUUUUUGUCCACUCAUUUAUUGUUAUUCGCCGGCACCCCAUCUGAGCAGCUUUGUAGUCGCCGGAAAGAGAUGACGAUCUCCGGCAACGCCGUCGAUCCACCCAAACAAACCCUAAUCUUUUCAUACGGCACUCUCAAACGAGGAUUCGCUAACCACACCUUGAUGCAGGAUUUAAUCUCCAGCAACGACGCCGUUUUCAUAGGCAAUUACGUAACCGACCUCCACCUACCUCUCGUCCGUGGUCCCCAUGGCGUACCGUUCCUCCUCAACCUCCCUGGGACGGGUCGCCACCGUGUCCGCGGUGAGCUUUACUCUGUUUCGGACGCUGGACUUCAACGCCUCGAUGUGCUUGAAGGCAUUACCCUUGGACAUUACGAGAGGCUUCCGAUUACUGUUUCUCCGGAAAUUCGUGAUGCUGGUAGCGGUGGCCGUCGUGUGGCGGUACGUGCUGAGGCGUAUUAUGCGCACCGGAGUUUUGCGGAGGAUAUGUGGCGGAGGAGCGGACAGGAGGGAUUUGAGUCGUUUAGUCAGGAAGUGGCUAAGGGUUACGUUCGGAGGGAUUUGAGGCCGAAGGAUCGGACUUUCCGUGAGCAGAUUACAUUGUUUUGUUCAUCAAUUUAGAUGAAAACUCUGAAGAAGAGAGUGCUUAUUCCUGCUAUAUUUCUACUCCCUUUUCAACAAUUUCUUGAAGAAGCAACUGAAGUUGCUAUGUGGUCUGAAUAAAUCUUCAUCCAGAUUGCAGUGUAAGAUAUUUCAGAUUCAGAAAAGUUUGAAACUAAGCUCAUUGAUUAGUGGUAAUAUACCCAAUUACCGAUGUAAUUAACUAAUUAUGCAUUUGCAACUCCAUAAUUAAGGGACAACAAUGACAUUAUUUUAGUUCUCCA